AUGAGCGCUCUGGAAACAGCCGGCCAGAAGGCAUCAGCAAAUCCGUACGACUUCUUGACAAGACUUCCUCAACGAGCUCCUCCCGGUACUGACUUCACGGCUCAUAUGACUGUGUGGAAGAAUGGACAAGGAGGGCAAUGCCAAACAAAUAUUCAACUCGCACGCAGCAUUGGGAAAUUUCUCCAUUCAAUGCAUGUGGCAAUGUGCGAAGCACAGGGAACUGCCGUAAGCCCAACUCCAUGGACCGUGAUACCUAUGUCACCCAUCCAGGGUCCGCUACCGCAGCCACUUGAGAUUGAGAUCUCAUGCAAGACUGCAGACAUGUGGAAUAAUGAUGAACCUGCCAACGAAGUCGAGAAACUGAUGCGGGGUCGAACACUCAUCGACGAGAUCUUAUGGAAACACUUACAAGCUCUAAGCGACCAUCAAGACAUCGAGACAAUAUUUUCGUGCCUACUCGGGUUUGUCCUCAAGUACCCAGCAACACCUACUGCCGGCGUUGAAACCUACCAUAAACUCCACGUCCAGAGCUUCCAUAUCCCCGAACUCGAACAAUGGCAAAGAUGGGAGAAAGAGACGGUUAAGACGAAGUUUUAUGAUGGACCACUGCUCGCCUUGGAUCAAAUCGCAGACAUCUUUUUGGCCUAUGACCCUGUCAUUCAGAUGAUUCCAUGUAGUUCUUCUGAAUUAACACCUAUCACCCGAGCAGUCCAAGGACUGAAGGUAGCUAGUGGAGCACUGCCUGAUGUGAAGGCAAGGCUGCCAAGAUCGAAGGACCUUGACCGAAGCUCAGUGGACAAUUUGAUUCGCGAGUGCUACCCACCGGUCCUGCGAUCCAUGGAAGACGCCUUGGAGGCUUUGAGGGACUUAGCCAUGGAAACCAGUCAGUACAUUUUAUCAAUGAUCUCUUACCCAGCUGCAAAAAUGAGCCUACCCUCACAAGAAGACACUACCAGUGCAAUUCACUAG